AGUAUAAUGUGGUUUCCCCUUCCAUUUGUAUGUUAGAGUUCAGGCUUCUGGACCUUCCUGCCGCCUGAGAGCGAGUCCUCUCUCUCUCUCUCUCUCUCUACCCGGACGCUAGUAUUACAAUCAUUCUCUUUCUCUUUUCCGUAAUUUUCUCUAUUUUCUGUGGAGCGAAAUCUGGCAAGCAGGCUGUGCUUUUCAUCUUCUUUUCAUCUUCUGCUUCCUCCCUUCUACAGGAACGAGCUGUUCUUUCUUUUCUCUCCCUACUUUUUUUUUUGCGAAUCUGUUUUUAGACUUGACAGGUGUUGUCACCUAUCCGGAAAAAUCGCGUCUUUUCUUACUGUCUGCCCUUCUUCGUUUUCCCCAUCAUCCUUCCCUGCCGAGGCUCUCAGAGAUCAAUCUUUCUUGCUUGCUCAUGCGUUUCAAGGGCUUGGCUCUGAUGCAUUCCAAGGGCUUGGCUUAGCCUUAAGAUUUUCUUUCUUGUCUUAUUUUGUUGAAUUUUUUUGUUCCCCAUUGAGUCACUUUAAUUUGAAUUCUAUGUGGUUUAUUUUGCUUUUAGUCUGAGUCCAGAUUGGUGGUUUUGGAAAAUAUUGCAUUUUUGGUAGCUUGGAUUAUGCAAAGAUGAGAGUUUUGACUCUGAGUCUCCUCUUCUUCUUUUAGCUUAGAUGAGGUUUUGAACCUCCCUUUUCAACAGCUUUUUCUAGUAGAGUUAUGUGAUCUGUUUCAGGCGUUUUAUGAUUGGAAAUCGAAGGAUUUCAAACACCCAAGUGGGCAUUCUGGGUUUUCUUUCCCUCAAUCUCGGUAUUGUUUUUCUGAACUUUUUCCUACUCUCUUCUUUUGUUCCCUUACAAGCUUUCUUCAAAGCGAGAGAAAACCUCAUUCUUGACUGAUUUGAAAUUUAAUUUCAUCUCCCAUCUUCUGCUUCACUGCUGUCAUAAAAGCCAAACAUAGCUUUGGUCUUUUUGAUGCCGUGCUUUAAACCCUUAUAUAUUGUGUUUUCUGCAAAUGGCGAUUAAGGAAGCGAAACCAUCUCUAGAAGUAGAAGCUGGGCCUUGCAGGCAUUCCACUACUAAUGAGAGUGAUGGAAGUCCCUGCUUUUCAGAUGCUGAUGAUGAACGUUGGCAUUCACCUUAUGAGUCAAAUUCAGUUCAUGAAUAUAGAGUUUCUAUUGAAUCCAAUCAUGAGAUUUCUGGAGUUCAAGAGGCUUGCAGAAACUCCUGCAUCUCUGAUUCUUCAGCUGAAGUGGAUUUAGAGUGUGGGACUCCGGAGAUCAAGUUGAAUUCAGAGAAAACUGAGAAGGAUUGCAGAAUUUGCCAUCUUAAUUUGGAAAGUCAUGCUCAGGAAUCUGGCAUACCUAUUGUAUUGGGUUGUUCCUGCAAGGAUGACUUGGCUGCUGCUCACAAGCAAUGUGCCGAAACGUGGUUUAAAAUCAAAGGAAACAAGUAUGACCAAUGUUUCUGAUUAAUAUUUUGAGUUGCAAAUUUUAAAUCAUUCUCUCUUUUCAAAUUGACCUUCUAAUCUGCAUUGUUUGGA